CAAUAGCAAUCCAAAUAUUUGUUUGCAGUUUGUGUGAUUUCUAUUGUGUUCACUGACAUGCUUGCUGUCAGUCUGAUAUUGCAAGGCAGUGGAGUUGCCGUCGAGCGACAAGUAUAUUGAGAUGUAGAGAAGAAGGGAAAUGUUGGUCCAUUUUUUCGUGAUGAAGCAACUCUGAUGGUUUCGCGAGACGCGGGUCUCACUUGGGACAUGAUGAGUGACCAAUCAGCUGUCACACAUUCUGAUCAAUUUUGAUGUCGUUUGUGUCAUGUGGCAGGCACUGCAAGAGAGCAACUCCAAUGCAAGGGAAUUUGAUUUUUUGUUUGGCGACCACGGCAGCUACAUGGCGGCUACUGAUCAUUACCAACAGUCGAUGUAUCUUCAUUACAGUUGUAAUGAGGGAACGGACUCAACGUGGCCUGGCAUCCAGUUUAGCAAUUCGAACAAUCUCAUUGUGAACAGCAUGUUUACUGAACCCAGUGAAACAACAGAAAUUGCAACAGUCUUUUGUAGUCGAUUGGAUCAGCGUAAUUUCUUUCAGAAUAGGGUGGUUGUGCAAUUGAACUUUACAACUUUGUUUCUCAAGAAAUGUGAACCGUCUGACUAUAAGGAUUGGGUGCCACUGCAAGAAGUAAACAAUGUGAUGUGCCUUCUUGGUCUGCUAUAAUGGACGAGAGUACAUACAACCGGAAAAACAGUUGUACUGCAAUUGUACAAGAGAAGACUAUGAAUGUAAUUGACUACGGAUACGUUCUAAGUUCAACGACAGCAGACAAAUGCAUCGAAUCCAAAUGCAUCACAACGUACAAUCCAAAGAACCACUGCACCGAAGGCAAGACGAUCAGCAUAAGUCAAGGAUAUGGUAAGGUGUCAGGUGAUGUAUGCAGAGGUGGAGACACGAUUCAAUGGGCGAUGAAACAAGAGAAAUGUGUUGCAAUGGCUCCUGGCAAGUUGACAUUGGAGUCUGAUAUUGAAGGCAGUGGAGUUCCCAUCGGACGACAAGUACAUUUUACAUUGAGACAAAAAAGGGUUUCUUUCGAGAUAUCAAUUAAGAAUCACUCGUACUCGACAGCUGGUAGCUACAACGUGACGGUGAAUGCCAGCAAUAGUGUUGGGUUGUCGACCGUGCAACUAGUGGUGACAGUUUACGACGUCGUAUCAACCUUGAAUAUUAUCCCUCCUCACGCCGUUUUACCAACCGACAACGUCACUUUCACCUGCCAGCCAACAGGCAACACACUCGCACCAAUACAUUACGAAUGGAAGUUUGGAAACGACGACGCAUCGUUCACACUGACACGAAAUCGCACCAUACAUCACGUGUUCGGAUCGACUGGAAAGUUUCUCAUCUCGGUGACUGCAUACAAUCCCGUGUCGACGAAGUCAUCACAUGUUUACGUUUCAGUCUACUGUGCAGUACGGACGUUGCCUCUCGGUUUCAGUCGUUCCGCUGUCAAGGAAAAAGCUACACUUGAUGAUUUCAAUAGUCUGAUGGCUGAUAGUUUGGUUAAUGUGGUUGCACAGGUGACUGCAUAUGAUACGAGUUGAUUUGAAGCAUUUGUGGUCUACCCUCCUGCAUCAGAUCAAUUUGAAGCCGAUUUAUCUGUAGUCGCCAACAACAAGGAUGAAGAAGCGACAUUGAAACAAUCUUGCAGUCUUGCAGUGGGUGAAAUAUGCUGUGGAUGAACACGAAAUCACUGUGGUGUUGACACCACAAAGUUCACAAAUCGAAGGAAGUUCACUGAUCGAAGCAAUUUCAUUACAAGAAGUGAUUGUAAAUCCUCGUAUCCAUCCAUCAUCUGCCAAACAUGUCAAUAGUGUUGGUGGUGAAACAAUUGGUAUCAUCAUCAUCACCAUAUUGGCUGUACUCAUCAUCAUCAUAUCCAUCAUAUUUGGCAUGUGGUACAGACAACGUUACUCAAGACUUGAGAACUCAUACUUUAGAUUGAAUCAAGACAGGAAUGUUCACCUUACAUUAGAUGAAGGUGACAGCGACGACGACUCUCCUCUUGCACUUGCAAGGAGCCACGAUGAUACAAAAGCAACAAACAAUGAUGAUGAUGAUGAAGACGAUGAUAAACUGCUGAAUGACGUGUAAAUAACUGUUACAUUUACUAGAAAUGCAAUGAGUGUGUCCAUAAGGAUUAUUGUGUGUAUCUGCUGGGUUAGCUGUUUAGAGUUAGAUCUUCUGUAUGUGCUCACUGUGUGUUGCUGUUCAAACAUGAUUAAUUAACUAACACAAA